AUGUUCUCCCAGAACUCAUUCCUGCCGUCCGGGGCAAUGUUCGACCAGGGUUUCGCGUUCAACAGUAGCUUAGACAUGUCGCCGCAUCCCAUGCCAGAGCCUGCCGGCUCUUGGCAUAUGAACAACAGGCUGGCGUAUGCCGGCUCUUCGUCUUACGGGUUUCCCAGCACUGGAAGCACAAAGUACCGCGACGCCCACGCGUGGUGCCCCAUGCGCUCGACAGAGGUCGUACCUCGCGGCUUCAGUAUGAAUGGAUCAGACUCCGAGACCAACAGCUCAUACUCGCCUAAGAGCUUCGUCAGCGAGACACAAUCGGAGACGAUGCCCUUCACACCGGAACCGGCUUCUGAGAUAACCAAUUGGAGCUCAUACGGGUCGCAGACGCGCCCAGCUAUCAAGGCUUCUUCGCCGGAGAGCCCGGUAGUGGUAACCGAAGAGGAUGCGGCCAACUUCUCGGGACCGUCGCGAUAUGCAAUGGGCGAUAUUGUGCAUUCGCCCACGUCUGCAGAGAUCACACACUGUUUGAACGGCCUUCCUACGGUUGGUAACGAUACCAGAAGACUUUACGAUUCGGAGUAUGCAUAUUCCCAGGCGAGCAGCCCGGGGCUUUCACCGUGGUAUGCGGAAGGCGAAUCAGGCAUGGCCAUGCCUUUCCGACCUCGUAAUCCACCUAUCACCAGCGCUCCAAGCAGCUUCUCUACUGCUUAUCAGAAUGAAAAUGCGAAUAGCGCAUCGCGAGGAAAUCCCUCGUGGGCUGGCCCACAGACAAACUUCCCAAUCCAGGAUCGCGCUCAGAGUCAUCGUGUUGUAGACUCGCACACCCAGCGCAAAGCGGACGACCAAAUUCUGUUGGAAGGGAAGAAAGAUGGCCUGACGUAUAAGGAGAUUCGCAAGAGGAUGUACACGAAGUGUGCUGAGUCCACAUUGAGAGGCCGGUACCGUUCCUUGACCAAGGCCCGGCAGGAUCGUGUGCUCGAGACAUGCAUGAUGCCCAUUUCAUUGCUGACAUGCGCGAAGCUCGACCUUCUCAGGAUGUUUGUUCAACAAGACCUCGAUCGCAUCAAUUCGAACUACCUUAACCAAACCCUGAGCUAUGAUCAGCGACUUGCGAAAGUUCAGUGGAAGAAGGUCGCCGACUCCAUCCAUAAUAGUGGCGGAUCUUAUCAUUUCGGAAACUCUACCUGUAAGAGGAAAUGGCAAGAGCUGAACCCAGGACCUUGA